AUGAAAAGCCCAGGCCCAACCACAACCCCUCUUCCCAAAGCACACUCCAACCCCGCCAUAGCUGAAAGCUCCACACCAACAUUAUCCAGCCACGCUCUUACAGAAAUUCUCUCAAAGGUAAACAAAAUGGGAAGCCGAUUGGGAAGAAGGGUCGUGAACUUUGCUAACCUACCCAUAAAACUCCUCAUGCCCUCAUCUUUUUCCAACAUCACUGAAAUCGCCCUCAAAACCAUCCCCUCCGCCUCCAAGAUAGAGAUCAAGAGGGUUCUCGAGUCCCUUUACGGAUUCGAGGUGGAGAGAGUUCACACCUUAAACAUGGAGGGCAAGAAGAAGAAGCGUGGCGGGCUGUUGAUCGCGAGGCCCGAUUACAAGAAAGCUUACGUGACGCUGAGAAACCCUCUGUCAUUAAACCCUGAUCUUUUCCCCAUCAGGGUCAUCGAGGAGGAGAAGAAGAACAUGAGCAAGCAGUCGAAAUCGAGCAUCGUGGAAGAUCCAGAGACCGUGAAGAGUUCACACUGGCUCGACGAGAAGAAGGACAGCGAGAGAUUCAGGCCCGGCGAACGGCGUAGAUUUGGCGAGCGGACAAGGGGCCGUGGGGAGAAGGUUGAAUCCAAACCGGUUACGAAGUUCCCUUGGAGCAGCAUGACCUCGAUCGGGAGGGAUACUGCUGGACAAGAAAGAUUUAGGAGUCUUAUUCCAAGCUACAUCAGAGAUUCUUCUGUAGCAGUGAUUGUCUAUGAUGUUGCUAACCGGAACUCAUUUUUGAACACUUCGAAAUGGAUUCAGGAAGUACGCACAGAACGUGGCAGUGAUGUCAUUAUCGUUCUUGUGGGAAACAAAACCGAUCUUGUCGAUAAAAGGCAAGUUUCCGUUGAUGAAGGAGAUACAAAAGCCCGUGAAUCGGGACUCAUAUUCAUAGAAACUAGUGCUAGAGUUGGUUUCAAUAUAAAGCCAUUGUUUCGAAAAAUAGCAGCUGCAUUGCCGGGAAUGGAAAGGUUUACGUCAGCAAAGCAGGAAGAUAUGGUCGAGGUGAACUUGAACACAACUUCAGCCACAAACUCGAACGAGCAGCAAGGAGAAGGUUGUGCCUGCUAG